GCUUUUCUUUUAUCCACACUUCCGCUUCCGCCUCCCUCUCGGCUAACCUCAAGCUAAGCUAAUUGCUGUCGAGGCUUGUUCGUAUUCAACUAAUAUCCAGACAUAAACCGUCAAUGCAAUGAAAUAGUCGACUAAUGCGGGCUCGUCGCGUUGUAUUUAAACACGUAUGUGAACCUUUUCGACGGCUGAAUCUAGUUUCAGAGGUUAUAUUCCCGGUCUGGCCCAAGGUUAGCAGGGGGCUAAGUUCGGCUAAGGCAGUAUCAUCGCAGAGAUUCACUCCAAACUACACCAAACUAGGAGAGUUUAUUGUAUUUUAUUGAACUAGAGGGGAUAGUAUGGCCGAGGCCGACAAACUCAACAUCGAUUCCAUCAUACAACGCCUCCUGGAAGUGAAGGGCUCCAGACCCGGUAAGAAUGUUCAGCUGACGGAGAACGAGAUCCGCGGCCUGUGCCUCAAGUCCCGGGAGAUCUUCCUCAGUCAGCCAAUCCUUCUGGAGCUUGAGGCGCCCCUCAAGAUUUGCGGUGACGUCCACGGGCAGUACUACGACCUGCUUCGGCUCUUCGAGUACGGGGGCUUUCCUCCGGAGAGCAACUACCUGUUCCUGGGCGACUACGUAGACAGGGGGAAACAGUCCCUGGAGACCAUCUGCCUGCUGCUGGCCUACAAGGUCAAGUAUCCUGAGAACUUCUUCCUGCUCAGGGGCAACCACGAGUGUGCCUCCAUCAACAGAAUCUAUGGCUUCUACGAUGAGUGCAAGAGGCGCUACAACAUCAAGCUGUGGAAGACCUUCACAGACUGCUUCAACUGCCUCCCGGUGGCCGCAAUCGUGGACGAGAAGAUCUUCUGCUGUCAUGGAGGCCUGUCUCCAGACCUCCAGUCCAUGGAGCAGGUGAGGCGCGUGAUGCGGCCCACCGACGUGCCGGACCAGGGCCUGCUGUGUGACCUGCUCUGGGCAGACCCCGACAAGGACGUGCUGGGCUGGGGGGAGAACGACCGUGGUGUGUCCUUCACCUUCGGAGCCGACGUGGUCACAAAGUUCCUCCACAAACACGACAUGGACCUCAUCUGCCGUGCUCACCAGGUGGUGGAGGAUGGCUAUGAGUUCUUCGCUAAAAGACAGCUGGUCACGCUGUUCUCCGCUCCUAACUACUGUGGCGAGUUCGAUAACGCCGGAGCCAUGAUGAGUGUAGACGAGACGCUCAUGUGCUCCUUCCAGAUUCUGAAGCCUGCCGAUAAGAAGCUCUUUUACGGAGUGGGAGGCCCAGGCACGGGAAGGCCCGUGACUCCGCCCCGCAAAGCCAAGAAAUGACCCCAGUAGCCCCGCCCUCUCUACCUCUCCUCCUCCAGUACCCUGCCCUCUCUACUGCUCCUUCAGUAGUCCCGCCCUCUACCUUUCCUUCCCCUGUCCUCCAUUAGUCCCGCCCUCUACCUUUCCAUCCCCUGUCCUCCAUUAGUCCCGCCCUCUACCUUUCCAUCCCCCGUCCUCCAGUAGUCCCGCCCUCUCUACCUUUCCUAAUCCCAUCCUCAGUAGUCCCGCCCCCUACCUUUCCACAUCCUAUCCUCUAGUAGUCCCGCCCUCUCUGCCUUUCCUCCUCCAGUAGUCCCGCCCUCUAUCUGAUGAGAGGGUGGGACUUUCCCCAAGGGGAUGAAAAAAGUAUGUACAAUAUCUUUCCUCCCCCUGUCCUCCAGUAGUCCCGCCCUCUCCUCUUCCUAUAGCCCCGCCCUCUCGCCCUGUCCUCCCACAGGCACUCUGUGCCGCUUCCGUUUUUAACCUCUUUAACAUGUAAACCUUUCCUCCCUCUAGACACACGCGUGUACCCUGACGGACACGCGUGUCGGUCUGCUUGCGAUCAUUUUAACAGUGUGUAUGUACGGGUGUUUGUAUGUAUGUGUGAGUGUUUGUGUUUAUGUGUGUGCACGUGGGCUGUGGAAGUGAUAAAACCACUCUGCCCCACUCUGAGUCCAUCUCUUCGCCAUCAGGACUGAAAAGCGUUUGUGUGUGCGUGUGUCUCUGCGCGAGUUGUGUAUGUAUGUGUGUGUGUUGGUGCGUGCUGGAUUCCUGAGCAGACACACAGUGUGUGUGUGAGAGUGUGUUUGUGUGUGUGUGUGUGUGUGUGUGUGUGGCGGCCAACAAGCACACAGACGGGUGAUUCCGAGCGGAUCCUGCAGACCUGCCCCCCCCUCCCCCCCCCCCAAAGGUCUCGACACAUUUGAUUACUUGAAAGAGAUUUUUUUUGUGAAUUCGUUUUUGUAGUCUUUCAUCAAGUCGACCAAUAAAAGUGAGAUUCUGAGUUCAAAACACGCGUCUUCUCCUUUUUCCUUCC